GACGUCAUUUAGGAACUCUGCAAGCAGCAAAAGAUAACAUAGAGAGAGCGCACACACACACACGAAGGUAACGACGCUCCAAUAACACACACCUCAGCUCAGCCAUGGCCACGGCGGAUUCCGACGACAUCACUCAGCCUCCGCCUCAGGUUUCUUCCAAUCCUCCGACCAACGCCCUUGUCCCUGCUACUCCUGCCGUCUGCCUAGUCCGCUUCGCCACCGACUCUGCCGGCGGCGCUUUCAUGGGCUCCGUCUUCGGAUACGGUGCUGGGCUAUUUAAGAAAAAAGGUUUUAAAGGAUCCUUUGUUGAAGCGGGGUCUUAUGCAAAGACAUUUGCAGUUUUGUCUGGAGUUCACAGUUUGGUUGUUUGCAUCUUGAAAAGACUUCGAGGAAAGGAUGAUGUCAUUAAUGCUGGGGUAGCUGGAUGUUGCACUGGUCUAGCUCUAAGUUUUCCAGGUGCACCACAAGCUCUUCUGCAGAGCUGCCUCACUUUUGGGGCUUUUUCUUUCGUUAUGGAAGGGUUAAACAAGCAGCAGCCAGCACUUGCACUUCCCAUGUCCUGGAAAACAACUGCGCUACAUAAUGCACGUCCUCCCUUUGCACUCCCCCUGCAACUCCCACUUCCCGAUGAAAUGAAAGAAGCCUUUUCCUCUUUCUGCAAGUCUUUGAAAAAGCGCAACAAGGGAGCUUUUCCUACAUCCCAAUAAGUAAUCAGGGUAUCUUGGUUUUGUAGCAUCAUGUUCAUGUAGAUAAGACGUGCACCCUUCUUUGACUUUAUUUAGGGCUUCCUUGUAGCUUUUGUCAACAUUUCUUUUAGAAGAAGUUGAGGGUGACAAACAAUUGUCCAUGGAGAUAGGUUGUUACAUCAUGUUACUGAGUUCCAAUCUAACGCCAUCUUGGUUCUAUUCUAUCCUGUUCUUUCUUGGUGGAUUGUUGGAACUUGAAAGGCAUACGGUGUGAUGAUUGAUUGAGCUUGAGUGCUUGACUUAUGCAGUUAUUAUCCAAAGCACAUUAGUAUGAAAUGGCGGCAAUUUCUGUUUAA